GGGUUAAUAUCAAGCAUGCGCACAAACAAACACGACCUCUUUUCAAUCAAACGUCAAGAACAGGACUCGAGUGUUAAGAUGGAUGCUGUUUUGUUUUUUUUUAUUGACGAUUUUUUUGAAAGCGAGGAAAAAGAGGAAUUCGAUACGGAAAUCUCCGACGAUUUGUUGUUUUUUUCACUUAUCCUUCGCACUAGAAUAAAGGAUGGCUAUCAUGUGCCGAAAAUUGACAAAUUCGUAGAAGAAAUAGUACCAAGAAUGAAUGAAAUUGAAUUUAAAAAACAUUUUCGUUUGUCGAGAGAUACAUAUAAUAUUCUUCUAACUGAAUUAGGACCAUCUCUUAAAUACAGACAACGUAGUACGGGUAAGCCUGCCUUAACUCCUGACAAACAACUCCUUGUAUUCUUGUGGUACAUGGCUAACCAAGACUCUAUGCGAGAAGAUGCAUGCUUAUUUGGAGUUAGUCCAUUUAGUGUUCACAGGUGUGUUCGCAGAACAUCAAAGACGUUGUGUGAUAAGCUUUUGCGAAAAUUUAUUGUUUGGCCAGAUCAUGAUGCUCAGGAACAAAUAUCUAAUGUUAUAUACGAGUCUAGUGGUUUACCAAAUUGUAUUGGAUUUAUUGAUGGAACUCAUAUUGGUCUAUCAUUUCUUCCAAAUGGUGACAAGGAUUACAUAAACCGAAAAGGUUAUCCUUCUAUUCAAUUACAACUUGUUGUUGAUGACAAGAUGAUGAUAAGAGACACUUACGUUGGGUGGCCCGGCUGCGUACAUGACGCUAGAGUGUACCGCAAUUCUCCAAUUUUUAACUGUUUGGAGCAUGACAGUGGUGUUCAUCUGGCACCAGACAAAUAUUUGAUUGGAGAUGCAGCAUAUCCUCUUUCACCUUUCAUGAUGACACCGCUUAAAGCAGUAGGUAAUCUAUCAAAUGCUCAAAAGCUUUACAAUCGUAAGGUGUCAUCAGUCAGACAAACGGUUGAGAGAACAAUAGGUCAUUUAAAAGGGCGUUUCCGUCGGUUGCGUGAGCUGUAUUGCAUGAAUAUUGAAGACUGUUGCCAUCUUAUUACAUCAGCAUGUAUUCUGCAUAAUUUGUGUGUCCUGAAGAAAGAUGAUAUAGAAGAUUAUUUGGAACCAAAUCCAAAUCAUUUGAACAGAGUGAAUUAUUAUCCUAAUGUAUACAGAAAUGAUCCACGGGGUGUUAACAAAAGAAAUGCUCUUGUGCUCUGUAUUCAUAAUUGCUACAUGCAACAUUAAAAUCCAAUGAUGAAUCGUAAGCCUGUCAUAAAUAGAAGUAAAAAAGAAAACCUUAUUUUUUUUCAGUUUUUAAUAUGUAUCAAUACAAAACACACUACUAGUACUAGUAGUAACAAUAUUUUUGUUGCUAAAAUAAGGGAAAUUCAAAAUAAAAUAUGCAAACAAUUAACUUGUUUUUUUCAUAUAUAUAUAUAUAUAUAUAUAUAUAUAU